UGUUGGCUGGAAAAAUUUGCCAUUCAGAGUUUAUACACCUUCUCUUCUCUUCGUUUUCUAUUGCGUACAUCAUGUGCAAGAAAAUGUCAAAAUCAUUUUGUUUUUGUUGUUUGUGUGGGAAAGCGUACGCAGUAUAAAAACAGAAACUCGUGGUCGUCCAAAAUAGCAGACUGCUUCCACACUUCGCAUUUCAAAUUAGUUCCGUGCAACUGUAAUCUUCAAAAGAGCUGCAUCAAAAUGGGUAUGGUACAGAAGCGCAAGAAAAUGCACUCCGGUGACACGCACCUACGUCGCCGUUGGCGUGUGCGCAGUCGGCGACGUGAUCUCGACCAAAUUGACGACGAUUUGCGUACACAAUCAGCAGAGCUUAUCAAUCAACCGGUGGAUCUCGAUCAGCCUGGAUUCGCGCAAUUCUACUGUGUACACUGUGCCAAAUACUUCAUCGACGAUCAUGCAAUGCAAGCACAUUUUCGCACCAAAGUGCACAAACGUCGUAUGAAGGCGUUAGAAUUGGAGCCAUACACGGUGGAGGAAGCUGAACGUGCUGCUGGACAGGGUAGCUACAAAGCUCCAAAAAAACGGGUAAUGGAAACACAACCCACAAAAGAGCAGGUCAAAAAGGGAAAACGCAUACGGGUCGAUGAAAAAUUGGAGGAAGAUAAAGUGCCUAAAACUAAGCGAAAAGUUGAGAAAAUGCAAUCAUAGGUGGAGGAAAUGGAAAUACUCCUUUUUGGGACUAAGGAAUGAUACUAACAAAAUAUGUAUCAUUUCAUUUGUAAAAUGUAAAAACUGUUAAUAAAAACGUGCGUUAGAUUUAAAAUUGCCGGAAUAUUACUUUAACCUUUUUUCAAGCAACGCGAGAAUAAUCGCACUUGGUAAUAAUUGGUUGAAAAAUGUAAAUGUUUAAUAUGUAGGCCAAAGUAUUUCUACGCAAAGUACUAGGAAUAGAAUCUCAGCUAAGGUGCGCUAAUAAAAGAAGGAAAAAGAGCAUCAUUUGGGGGAGGUGGCGCUCCAAGAGGAACUGUUUCGAUAGCAGAGGAUAUUCAGCUCACGCCGUCUUUAGUUGCUUCUACAUCACAAGGUGCCGAUAAAUAUUGGUGAUUUAGAUUCAAUGAUGGUUGUCUUCAGCUCCAGGUAUGUUAAUGUUGGUGGCAGUUCCUACAGAGGGUUUUUAUUAGCCAGGAUUAUUAUUGGCCCUGUCAAGCCAAGGCAUCGGUCUCUUUUAUUUCCAAACUAUAAUUGAUGGGGAUGCCUUAUUUGCGCAACUAUGCUCCAAUUCGGCAUUUAUCCAUGGAUGCGUAUAUUGGAUAUUUCCAUCAAUAAUAGUUUAAAAAUGAAAGCUAAAUAUAGGUUUCAAAAUACUAUCUCUACUCAGAAGCAUAUCGUCCUUUAAAGCGCAAACCCGCGUAUCGUGGAUCUGCAAAACCUCGUAGCUGACAUUUGUGCCAAAAAUUAAAUUUUCUCACCGGAAACUCCUGGCAUCAAGCCUUAUCCAUUCGUAUCAAAAUAUCGAUAUUUAGAGAUUUAAAGUAGAGAUAAUUGGAGAUUAAAGAGAGAACCGUUGUGAAAUAAGACAUUUUUUACUCUCUCCUGUAAAAUUUGGGUAGCCUCCCAUACCAGGUUUUGCUUAUCUUGAUAUGCGGCAUUGUACUUUAAACGACGAAUGUAUGUAUGUACAUAUAUAGUACAUAUGCGUAUCGAUGCCGUCUAAUAAAGAAAAAUGUAACAAAAAUACAUAUGCUACGAACUAUGAAACAAAACCUCUAAGUUUUUGUAGUUCAACAAAUAAUUUUAAUUUCAAUUAGUACGUUCUAUAUUAAAUUAUCAAUUCUAAAUCACACGACAUACACAAAAUUACACACAAAUAUACAUUUCUAAUCUAAUAAUUUUGUUUUAAUAUUGCACAGUAAACUGUAAAAAAUUAUAAAAAGAAAAUCUAAAUACAUAUUUGUAACGUUUACCCUUUUAUUUGCUGUAAUAAUACUAAAUAAAUUAUAAGUAACUAAAAAUUAUGUGUAAGCGCAAAUUUUCAACAAAAAAGAAAAAAAAAAA